GCUCUAGUUAACAACAAAUAUAUUGCAAUGUCAACUCGACAAAUAUAUUUUCUCUUGCCUUUUGCAAAUUUCACAAGAACUUCAACAUUUUGUUCACAAGCUCUAGUUAACAACAAAUUUCAAUCAAAAGAAGAAAACAAGAUUGUAGAACACUUUGGUGGAUUAAAAAGAGAAGAUAAUUGGAUAAAAACCGCCGAAAAAUUUGUGGAAAAUUGGGCAGUCCUUCGUUGGCCUAGACAUGGUUGUGGUGGGAGAAGUUAUGCUUUGAUUGGAACACUUGCUGAUAUGGAACGUGCAUUAUUGGACUAUGCUCUUAAUUUUGUUUGGAAACAGCUUCAAUUGGAUGAUAAUGUUAAGAAUGUGGAGAUGGUUAAUGUGGAGGAUAUUUUGCCUGUUUCUACAACAAGAGCUUGUGGUGUACCUUUUCAAACUGGUCAAAACCCGAUGCAAUAUCGAAUUUUUAAUGCUGAUGAUAUUUACAAUUCUAGUCAAAAACAAAUUGAAUUAUCUGAUGAUUUAGACUUCUGUCUUUCUGGAACAGCAGAAAUGGGAAUUGCAAAUCGACUUAGAAACCGUGUUUUUCAACAAGAUCAAUUGCCAACAUAUUUUUUAUCAGAAAGUACCUGUUUUCGUCCUGAAAUUUCUAAAGGAGGUUUGGAAUGUGGUCUAUAUAGAGUUCAUCAAUUUAAAAAGGUUGAAAUGUUCGUCGUUUGUACUGAAAAACAAAGUUCGGAUGAAUUGCAGCGGAUUGUAAAAAUUCAAAAAAAUUUAUUUUCUUCCUUGGGUCUUCAUUGUCGGUUAUUUUUUUCUUUUCUAAUUUUGUAUUUUUCUAAAUUUUUUAGUCUUUUGGAUAUGUGUCAAGAAGAGUGUGGUAACUCAGCUUUUCAAAAAUUUGAUAUAGAGACGUGGAUGCCUGGCAGGAAGGAGUGGGGGGAAUUAUCAAGCGCUAGCAAUUGUACUGAUUAUCAAUCUCGAAGGCUUAAAAUUUCUUAUAGAUCUGACAGUUCUCCAAAUAAUACUUCUCUGCAUUAUUGUCACACUUGCAACGGCACUGGAAUAGCAUCGGCUCGAAUUCUCAUUGCACUUUUAGAAUCAUCUCAAUUGUCACCGCGUAAUGGACUUCAACUACAUGAAUUAAUCAAAAAGAUGCUUCCUGCUGAAAGAAGUUCUGUUUUAAAAUGUGGAAAGGCCAAACCAAUUGAUUAUUUUGUUGAUAAUGGCGUUUGUUAAAUAAUUUUUUGUCCAUACUAUGGAGGGGUCGGAAAAAAUCGAGUCGGAUUUCGGUCGAAAAAAGUCUGGGUUUAGGUAACCCGACCCAUCCUUCAUCCAUUUUUUUUGUUUUUAUUUGAAGAAUCUAGCUGCGUGUUAGGAAUUUUUUGGGAAAUUUUCUUGCGGACAUUUUUGAAAUUAAUUUCAUACCCCUCAGCAGUGGGGGGGGGGGGGAGGGUGGGGUAGGUAAUGGACAUUUUGUGGAAUUUUUAUUUUCACGAAGGCUUUAAGUUUUAUCACAAAGAAGGAAACACAUCCUGUCAAAAAAUUUUUCAGUCUAUUAAUUUUUGUUUAAAAAGUUUUUUCUCUAUAGAAGCUUAAAUUCAUCAAAAACUGCAAAAUUGAAAUACAAACAAGGGGGCGAGUACCGAGCAACCCUUAUAAUUAACAUAAAUACCUUGAUCAUUAAUCCAAUUUUUACCCCGAAAGGUCACUAAACCAUUCUUUUGCUGAUGUUUUUGUCCUUCAAUUUCUGCUGUAUGCAAAAUGAAGGAGAAUUUUGUUGAGGGAUUCCUCUGCAUAUGAAGGGCAAUGGAGCAAUAGAAUUUAUUUUUAAAUUAGGAUUAGUUGCAUUUAAUGAAGCUGUUCGAACUGUUCCAAUUAACGCGCCAACUGAUUGUCUAGCCAAAUUUGCCGCUAAAUUUAAAUUAGUAAAAACGGAACGUCUUAUAAUACCAGAAGCUUGAAAUAACAAGCCCCCAAAAAGACUUGAAAUAGUUUGGUAUUUUAAGGGCUUUUGAGGCUAGGCAUUUUAAGCAUUUUCUAAGGCUUUGUAUUCCAACCGCUUUUGGGGUCUAGGUAUUUCAAGCAUUUUGCACGGCUUUGUAUUUCAAGCUUUUUUGGGGGCUUGUUAUUUCAAGCUUCUGGUAUUAUAAGACGUUCCGUUUUUACUAAUUUAAAUUUAGCGGCAAAUUUGGCUAGACAAUCAGUUGGCGCGUUAAUUGGAACAGUUCGAAC